GCCCCAGACUUGGCGGGCAAACCUCGUGAGUCGUAGACCCCGCACGCCACCCUCGGCGCAGAAUGGAUCUCUUCUACACGUCACUCACCUCAGCCCACCACGGUCAACCACUCCGGUAAAAUCCCAGCCCUCCAUCUCCACCACCUCGCGCCACCCAGUCCACCUGAUGGCAGCAUCAAUAGCAACCCCACCGACAUCAAAGCAGUCCACAACAGCAACCCAAUCCCCAUCUCCUCCCCAAACCCAAACCCCAACCCCAACCCUAACCCUAGAAAAACCCUCCUAACCCAAACCCCACCAUGGCUACCACAGCAGCAGCUGCAGCGGCAGCGGCGGCAGCAGCAGCAGCAGCGUCUUCCUCAUCUCUACCGAAGAGGCUGCUUCCGCCUCCAUCCCUCCCUCCAUCGCCGUGGUCCCACCUCGAGACCACCCACCUCCUGGACGCGUACCAGGCGAAAUGGUAUUCCCUCAACCGCGGCCACCUCAAGGCCAGCCAAUGGGAGGAGGUGGCCGCUUCCGUCGCCUCCCGCUGCGGCUUCAACCCCCCUUCCAAGACCGCCACCCAAUGCCGCCACAAGAUCGAGAAGCUACGCAAGCGCUACCGCUCCGAGAAGCAGCUCCACCGUCGAUCAUCCUGGCCCUACUUCGAUCGCAUGGAUCUCAUGGAGCGCGGGCCCUCCCAACCCCCACAACGCGAUUCCAACGCUUCCGAUGAUGACGACGAUGACGAGGAAGAGGAAGAUGGCGGGGAUGCCCCCGCCGCCGAUGAGGAAGACAACAACAACACCCGGAGCAUCAAUCACAUAAUCCGCGCCCAGCCUAUUCUUUCGUUCGUUGACAGGUCAUUCCCGAGGUUCUCUAGAUUCCGGAAGAGGAGCUCUUUCGUGGGCGCUGAGGAGGGGGAUGAAACAGGGCCGCUGUCGGAGCUCGUUUCGGCUGUCAGAGCUUUUGGGGAAGGGUUUGUUAGGAUGGAGAAUAUGAAGAUGGAGAUGAUGCGCGAGACAGAGAGGAACCGGAUGGAGAUGGAGAGGAAGCGGACGGAGAUGAUUCUAGAAUCCCAGCGGCGGAUCGCUGAGUCUAUUGCUGAGGUGUUUUCAUCACAGAAGAAGGCCAAGAAGUCUCCGGAGACAUGAAAUUCAGAUUGCAUUUUUUACUUCUCGUUCAUUCCAUGUCGGUGCUUCUUCGAAUUGGCACUAGGGGAACAAGUUGUUACAUUUAUUCACAAAAUGCCAAUGCAGUGUGUCAUACAUCUGAUACGUUCAUCUGGUGGGCCCCACUGUGAAGAUGAUGUGGCCCCAAAAAAACCAGCUAGUUAUCUCAUCAUGGGUUACGUCAUUGCCUUGCGCCAGAUGAAGGCUUGAAAGUUACAACGAUUGGAGGUUGGAGUUGGGAGGAUGUUCAUUCAUUUGGCAAAGAAAAACGUCACAUACAACGUUGUGGGGGGUGGGGCUUUCUUUUUUCUGUUUUUAAUCUCACGUUGUAUGGCAACUUUAACAUAACAAUCCUUUUCUCUCUGUUUCUUUUUUGUUUUUUUGUGUUUUCCCCAUCUAAUCCGUCAUUUUUUUGCGAACAUCUGAGCCGUGAAAAGUGGUUGGUAAUACCAUGAAGAUCACGUGAAGCGAAAUUUGGCUUUUUA